UUUUACCCACCGGAAGCUGUCUUCAUGGAUUUCCCCAAGAACCUCUAAUUAAAAACCUGGGUCUGCUUUCUUGCCUGGUCCAACCUCUCUCCUGAGGUCCAGACACACAUCUCAACUUACCACCUGCUUGCCAGACUUGCCACAAACACUACAAAGCCCACAGGCCCCAGACUGAGCACUGGAUCCCUUGGCUAGUCCCCGUCUCAGCUUCCUCAUUCCUGGGACCGGCACCUCCACCUCCCCAGCCCCUAGCUCUGAACACGGAAGUCAUCCUUGUCUCCUUUUCCUCUCUUGCUCUUUGAUUCAGGUGAUAAGUGUAUCGCAAAUGACCCCAAUACCGCAUGACCCCAAUCUGGUGGUUUUCUAGCAGGGAUUUCACACUGCUCCCCCUACUCUGAUGAGGCUUGGCAAAAGGUUCUUUGAGUUCUGGCCUCUGGACUUACAUUCAAUGCAGGCACUGGCUCUGCAGCCCAGCCCACAGUUGACACUAAUGCUGAUGCUAGGGCUCCUGGGGUGUGGCUACUCCCAGCCACAAGGACUGGCUGAACUGCAAGAGGCUCCCUGCAGCCAGACAAGUGUGAAAACUCUUUGCUCUUUGGGCUGAGGCCCCAAAACACACUAAAGGAGCUGGACCCUCCUGGCAUAACAGGUUCUACAAAGGGCACAGUGUGAGCAUCCUGCAUGGGUAUCAGGUGCUUGGGUUACCACUGCAAAAGCAUCCUCGAGACAAUUAAGGUCAAUAAGAAAAUGUACACACAUUUUAGUUAUCCAUCUGAGCUGUUUUUAUUUGGUGAACUCAGAAUCCUUUAUCAGUCAGUAACUCACAAAUAAGAUAGAAUUGUCAAGGCCUUUUUUGAGGAAACAUCUUUGUAUUAGAACAGUUACCCAUGCCUAUAGAUGCAGCAAAAGUCAAGAAUGGGUGGCAUGAGCCAGAGUAAACAGUGCUCCCAAGCUGGGCCCAGAAGGAUAGCAAGAGAGAGAGCUAUUGUCUGGGUGGCUAGAGGGAGUUACCAAGAGGAGGUGACUGUCCUCGCAGGGGCUGCUACUCAGAGUAGCUUCUUGUCUUUCUGAAGUUCAGAGAGUAUAAACUACUUUGCAGAAAUGGUCCCCAAGCCUGAGUGAAGACCAACCUGCAGGGCUGGCCUUAAUGGGCUCAAAGAUGCCUCCAGGUGGGUGAUGUCAAGAUGUUCUGGUACCAGGUCAGCUGAGAUCCCCUCCUGGGAAUGUUGGAGGUACCGCUUCGCCCUUUUAGGAAACAUCAUAUCCUCCCUCCACUAACCUCCCUACCUGCCCUACCCAGCAAUCUGUAGCAUCUGGGGUCUCAGGGAAUGGGGUAGAGGGUGAUCCUGAGCUCCAAAAAGUGUCUAGAGGCUCACAUAAGUCUGUUUUUCAGUUUCCACCCAACUGUGGGCCACCCUCCUCUGCAAUCCCAGCCAAGCAGCUCAGGAAAGGCAAGCCCGCCCCCCACCCCACCCCCAAAGUCCCUAUAGCCCAUAGGGAGCCUUCAGUUCCCAAGACUCAAAGCUGCUUUCACCCCUGACCCAGGCACACCUACCUAGCUCCUCCCCUUGCUCCCCCUCCUGCCACUGGGGAAGUAUUGAUUUCUGGCCAUUCCUGUUCCAAGCUGUGCUUGCCUGCUCUUCUGGUUCCUAAUAACCUGAGUAACCUGGUCAGUGUCCAUGGGUGGCAACUGCCUCACCCAUUCUGUCCCCUUUCUCAAAAAGACUAAUAGGGAGAGAAAAGUGGGUAGAAGCAAAGAAGCCCUCAACCUUCUCCACCAAAGCCACCCCCAUCUACUCCCUGAAAGGCUGCUCCUUUCCUGGUCAUUCAACAAAUACUUAACAUCGACUACAUGCCAGGCACCGAGGGUGCAGAGAUGAGCCCCACAGAGCUGACCAGCCUCUGCCCGCGUCCGCGCAGCCAUGGAGGCUCUGGGUCCUGGAGGCGACUGCGCCUCGCCGGCCUCGUCCACUCGCAGCCUGGACCUGCGGCGGCUGUCCGCGCGCGCCGACUCGGCCUACAGCUCUUUCUCCGCCGCCUCUGGUCCUGAGCCGCGCACACCGUCACCGGGGACCCACCAACUUCCCUACCUGGACUGGGACUACGUGCGCGUGGUGUGGGGCGGCCCGGCCCCCACCGCCGGGCUUCGCACCUCCCCGCAGCCCCGGCCCGCGGCCGCCGCACGCAGUGGGCCUCGUCCCCCCGAGAUCCGGGGUACCCCGGGGCCGCUCAGCCGCCAGACCACCCCGUUGCUGUACGCGCUGGCGGCCGAGGCGGAGGCCGCGGCGCGGGCAGCCGAGCCGCCCAGUCCGCCCGCGUCGCGGGCCGCCUACCGCCAGCGGCUGCAGGGCGCGCAGCGGCGAGUGCUCCGGGAGACGUCCUUCCAGCGCAAGGAGCUCCGCAUGAGCCUGCCCGCCCGUCUGCGGCCCGCGGCCCCCGCGCGGCCCUCUGCCGCGCACCCGCGCUCUGCCUUGCUCAGCCACCCCGGCGGGGAAGCGGAGCCGGCGCGCCCCGGGGCUCCCGCGCCGGUAACCGCCGGCAGGGGACGCCUCGCCAACCAGCAGCGGCAGUGGUGCUUCUCAGAGCCGGGAAAGCUGGAUUGCGUGGGUCGGGGCGGUGGGUUGGCGGGGGAAUGCUCGGGGGAGGCCUGCUCCAGCUCUGGCCUUGCCAGGCCGGAGCCCCGGGAAUGGCAGCAGCGGACGCUGGCAGAGUUCGAAGGUCACCAGAUCAGAUGGCUGCCUGCGACCCAGCCCCGAAGCCUAGAGGACCCGAAACCCCGGUCCUUGAGGCUCAGCAAUGCCUAUAGGCCUGCUGGUCGGAGUCAGAGCGCUUCGGGGGAAGUCUUGUCCCCCUGGGGAAGUCCAGAAGGGGUCAUGCCCAUUGCCCAGGCUGUUCCCCAAGGAGCAGAAACCCCCAGACCAUUGUUUCAGACCAAACUUUCCAGAACCAGAAUCUUCCUUCCUGGUCCCCGUGGUCAGUGUGGGGUCCCUGCUUCCAGGUUCCUGACUCAGAAGGAAGUUGCAGUGGUGUGUUCUGCAGAGGGCCCCCAGAGCAGUCCCUCUGACUGGGAGCAUAGGGCCUCAGAGAACUGCAUUGUGUCUGCCCGGCUCCCAUCCCUUCCUGAUGAUGAAGUUUUCCUGGAAGAAGCCCCGCUGGUCAGAAUGAGAUCACCUGCAGACUCCCAUGCUCCCCUGGGGCUCCCAAACAGUGUCCAUGGCUCUGACCGGCAAUAUGGAGCUGGCUUGGGUCAGAGGGCUGACCAGGCUAUAAUCCCCUCAGAGCAGCCCCUCCAUGAGCACCCGGAGACUGCAGGGGCGGAUGACUGUUGGCAGGGGGUAAACGGUUCUGUGAGUGUCUCCAGACCUACAUGCUGUAGUCCCCCUGGGACUGCAAAUGGUGACAUUGCAACCUUUGACCCCACUGGACUGCUGACCACUGAUCCCCCCACAGCUGCAGAGACUGACCCCCUCAAACCUCUCCCAUGUGAUGCCCUGAGACCUCCAGGCAAUGAUACCCUGGGGCCUUCUGACCACACUGCCCUGGCUUGGGGCACUGGCCAGACUGGUUCCAGGUCAACAUGGCCCAGUCCACGCCUAGAGGAGCUGGUUCAGGAGCUGGCCAGAUUGGAUCCCUCUCUGAGUGACACUCUUACCUCCUAUCCCAGCCCAGAGCCAUCCCUGGGCCUGCUGGAUGGGCUGAUUCCUUUAGCCGAGGUCUGGGCUGCAAUGAGGCCAGCCUGUGGAGAGGCUGGAGAGGAAGCAGCUGGUACUUCUGCGUCAAGCUCUUACCUACUUAACUCCACCCAGCGCCUGCCAGCUUCUCAGGAGGAGACAAGGCCUGAAAACCUUACCACCUACGCUGUGCCUGACGAGCCAUGCGGCCCGGGUCUCCCCGAGCCAAUUAACAGCAUCCAAGCCAAGAAAGUGGAGCUGGCGGACCUCCUUCAAAAGACGCUAAGGGAGCUUCAGGCCGAGCAGGAGCAGCUGCAGGGAGCGGCCCAGGCUUGGGCCAGGCGCGGGGCUGCCCUGGAGGCCGCGGUCGGCCAGGCCUGUGCACCCCACGAGCUCGAGCGGUUCAGCCGGUUCAUGGCCGACCUAGAGCGCGUGCUUGGCCUCCUGCUCCUGCUGGGCAGUCGCCUGGACCGCGUGCACCGUGCCCUGGCCCGGGCGGGCGCAGACGGCGACCCUGACGAGCAGGCCUCUCUGCUGCAGCGACUGGGGCUCCUGCAGCGGCAGCAGGAAGACGCCAAGGAGUUGAAGCAGCAUGUGGCACGGCGCGAGCGGGCCCUGCGCGAGGUGCUGGCGCGCGCACUUCCCGCCGACGAACUGCGCGCCUAUCGCGCCCUGUUGGUCGGCAAGGCCGCUGUCCUGGCCCAGCAGCGCAGCCUGGACGAGCGGGUCCGCCUCCUUCAGGACCAACUGGACACAGUCAGGACCGACCUUGGCCGUCGUCCUGCGACUCCCAGGCCGGCCUGGCCCCCAGGCACCCGUCCUCCGGAUAAACCGCCCUUCCCCCCUCCCCUCAUCUAGUUACAGGGGGCUGGGGGUGAGGAGCAUUGCCCCUGCCUCUCACCCACGUGAUUGAUUGGGAUGACGCUGGUUUAUUCGGUGCUUGUCCCUUGGGGUGGGGAAGACCCAGGCCCGGCCUUCCUGGAGUACUUUUUCCAAGUGUUCUCAUGUGGCCUUACCCAAGUCUUGCGGAUUAUUUGGUAAUUAACUUAUGAAUUUUAAAGUCUGCAGUAUUCCCCCUUUUCGGUCAGGGUUGGUUGGAGGGAGAGGAGACAAGUCAGAGGAGCACUUCAACUUAAGAUGCAAAAUGGCCAUUUUUUCCCCUCUCAAUAAAAAAUUGAUGUGAGAAGUGUGCGGUAUCACCUGGAGCCUGGCUUGGAGGAGGGAUCUUGUUGGCAAACUACAGACACCUGCCAGACUAGAGCAGAAGAGAGAUUUGUUGGAGGACAUCACUCAGCCCUGGGGAUCCCUAGAAAGACUGAAGAAACAGGCUUGAAAACUGGAGGGGCCAAGCAGAUGCUGUCACCAGUAGUCCCUAAAUAUUCUGGUGAUUGCAUUAUUACCACGAAAGCUAGGCCUGAUUGGCUGAGGCCAGGUCUCUUUUGCUGGUUUUUACCCAAGCCCCCGACGUGAGUAGUAUAGUGGAAGUGGGGGACUGCCUCCCUUCAAGACAAGGGAUAGGGAACUUCCCCAAAUGGAAAAUGGAUUCAGAUGCUUUGCUGCCUAAAAACCCUGAUGAAUGUCAAGUACACUUGGACAUUUGGGGACAUUCAUUCCAAGACCCAGAAAGAACUUUCUUCCUCUUCCAAUUAUGUUGGAUAAUUGGAUAAACUGAAUUUAUCCGCCUUUCCUUUGGAGUCCCCACUAGGUCACCCAGGCUUAAGGAGGGCAGUUGGGGGGAUGGGAGCUGAAGGUGAGUCAUGGGGGACCUGGAGACCUAUUAUUGUGGGGGUGGUGCUGAGGAGUUGCAGAGGCAGCUUUUCUUGUGUUCUGGAGAUGGCAGUUUGGGGAUGGGCUAAGGUUGGGAGUUAAGGGCUAGAGUGGUAUGAAACAGGACACACUCCCCUCUGUGUGUCAGUCUUGUGUACAUAGAAUCAAUGUUCAGUUCUCAAAUAUACAUUGAAAAUCUGUCUUAGUAUUUGUAGCUGCUAAGGCCAGGGACAAGAACAUUGUUCAUGUAAAUGUUCAGUGUAUUUUUGGGAGCUGGGCUCAUUAAUAGGCAUGUGUAUGUGUAUCUAAAGCCAACAGACCUCAAAGUGAGAAAUCUCUGCUUCUGGGCCCGUUUUCUGAUGCAUAUUGUCACUAAGUGCAACUGGUUGGGAAUGUUAAAUGGUCGUAUUCAUACCAAAAGCAUUAGUUAUAACAGUCGCGCUAUUGAGCACAGAACAAUGCUCACAUUGUGCCUUUUUAUAAAAAACAUAUGGGGCUCCUGCUGAUUCUAACAUUAUGCUUUGCUUUUCUCCUUUGAACGCCGUGGGCGGGGCCUCCGCUCUAAGAUCCUCUGCCUAGCAGGGCAGCUCGCUUCGAGACGCGUUCUGGAUGGAAUCUACUUAUUUCUGGCUUUUGCCCUGUACAGUCCCCACUGCAUUCUCCCAUUGUGAUAUACUUAGAAACACACUUAACGUCGUCCAUUAGGCCAGUAGAAAUUGUGUAUUUCAGACAAAACACUCCCAGCCCGGGAUGGGCAUGAGAAGCAGCGUCUGCCAUUGUCUGGUUAAACUGCACUUUGGUUCUUUGCUGGUUUUUGCCAUGGGGAAAUAUGAGGCUUCUGUGCUUGUCUCUACCAGAUCGAGCGAGCCCACAAAAGUAGGGCCACAACUCCUGCUCCUGUCCUUCCAUUUUGCCUCCGUCUCCUUCCUGCCCCAGUUUAUCUCCCUUCCACACCCCGUUAUUCCUUCAGAGGGCAAGAAUGAGCUCAGCAUAGGUGUUCUAUAUUGGCACCACAGAGUAAGACUAGGGGUGGGGUGGGGGCCAGUACCAGAAGUCCGGUGAAUUCCACCCUCCUGGACACUGCCAGCAGAGGGCACUGUUUUCCUCAUGAUGAAAGCUUCUAGCCACGCUUUACCACCCGCAGUCUCCCCAGCUACCAGGCCCUCUGGGCUAGCCACAGGGACGUUGCCUUGUCCUGAGCAGUGUCCCUGUUGGACCUGAAGGCUGGGGCUAAGCCUUUGUGUCUGUCGGAAAGAAAUCCUGGCCCGCCAGUUAUGGGAAGAUUGGCUCCCUUUCCUUUGCCACUAGGCCUUCGUUCGAAAGUCGUUGGCUAAUGAGGAGUGGGGAGGGGGAGGCUGGGGGUGUUGAUCUCGAGGAUCAGUAUCAAAAAGAGCCUUACGUGGUUCCCCACGGUGGAAAAGAGGGUUUCUUGGGCCUCUUUUGGGGUUUCUGUCCGCACCUCCCCAGGCCGCCUGCGCCCGCCGCCGCCUGCUGGUCCCGCCCCCAGCCCUGAGGCCUGCAGCGCCCCGCCCCGAUUGAGCAGAGCGCAGUUGUUGCCUGGCAACUGGCAGCCCCGGGGCCUCCCUCCUCUCCUACUCGCCUCAUCCCGCCCCCGAGCCGUUCCUAAUACGGAUGUAAUUAGUGCACUUUUUACCUUCUGACUGUAAAUUGGAAACAGUAGGAAAGCAAGGUUCCGUGGUGCCCAAACCGACGCGCAGUCUGGCUGGAGCAGCCUGCUCCUCACACCAAGUACCUCGGCGAGCGGCUGGCGUGAACCUCAGGAAUCCUCACGGGAACAAAUUACCUUGCUGUUCAGUCACGUGUAAUUCAGAAGCUUAUGAGGACAUUUAGGUCAAAUGUGGUUGAGGACAGCAGAGAGAAGAGGUGAAAUGCUGUAAAGCAAUCCUCCCAACGACCCCGUAGCGUUACUGUCACAGCCUAGCUACAGUUUAGACAGGCAGUCAUGAUGGGUGUUUACCUGUUGUCUUUGAAACUUAAGUCAGCACUGACUUCUCACUAGGAGGACUUUUUCCUCCCCUUCUUGAGGAGAGGUCCAGACAUCUCUCUCUCUCUCUCUCUCCUCCUCCUCCCUCUCUCACUAUCUCUUCCUUAUUUCCUCUUUCCCACAGUAAUAUCUGAGGCCACCUCUGCUCCACAGGUUCAAGUCCAGAGGUGUGGCAGUUCUGGAAAGGUGACGCCAGCCACAGAGUUUCAAGGCAUAAAACUAUCUGGAGAGCGACAGAGUCUAUUUAUUAAACCAUUUUAAAAGGUCAAAUAAUUUCUUCCAGGAAAAGGCAAAGAAAAGGGAGGAAAUAUGGGUCCUGAGAAGGCCCAGCUUUAAAACCGUGUGUGGAGGGGUGCUUUCAGUCCAGAAAGCUGAAUGACUCCUUGUUUAAGACUGGAAGUUGCGGGGACGGGGAUGCUAGAGGAAUGUGUAUUAAGAAAGGCAUUGCAAUAUUUUAAAUAAAGCGAUAUUUCCCUUUUGUGGGGAAACAUUUUUCCUAGUAGAGUCAAUGUUGUUGUUUGUAUAUACAAAUACUAACAUGGCAAAAGAAUGGUGAUCAUGUAGAACAACGUCACGAAUCAGAGAUAUUUGGUUUUGAAAUGCAGCCAGAUAUCUCUUUGGGACCAACUCGGCACUCCUGGUAAUAUUUCAGGAUGGUGUUGCAGUUCACAGACGACUUUACCUAUUCAUUCCCUGUGUUCCUUCCUCCCCACAGCCUGUAGGAUAUGUACUGCCAGUUCCACAGAGAGGGAGAUGGAGCUUGGAGACUUGGGUGACUUGCCUAAGGUCACUAAAUGAAUAAAGAGCUGAGAUGAGACCACCUUGCUUUUCUGCAACAGGACACUGUAAUGGAAAAGAGCAACAGGAUGCCAUCCUGACUGUGAGAGUUACUAGCUGUGAGGCCUGUACAAGUUACUUACAGUUUCUCUAAGCUUCAGUUUCCUCACUUUAAGAAUCAAGAUACUAACAGUGCAUACCUUGUAAGGUGGUAGUUAAUACCUGCAAAGUGUUUACAACUGUGCCUGGCACUUAGUAAACACAGGUCAUGUGUGUUACCCAUACCCUGGUCUCCAUUAGGUAAGUAACACAUGCUCAAGAACAGCCUCCAGGGACUUCCCUGGUGGUCCAGUGGGUAAGACUCCAUGCUCCGAAUGCAGGGGGCCCAGGUUCGAUCCCUGGUCGGGGAGCUAGAUCCCACAUGAAGGCUGCAACUGAGAGUCCGCAUGCUACAACUAAAGAUCCCACGUGCUGCAACUAAGACCCAGUGCAGCCAAAAUAUUUUUUUUUAAAAAAAAAAGAA